AUGUAUGCCACAGAGUAUGAAAGAUUAAGUUUUAAACACGCGAGAGAAAUUGAAAAUUUAAAUAUCAAAUGGGCACGAGUACAUUCGAAUAGCAAUGAAGUGGUUAGAAAGCUGAAGGAAGGUAUCGCAAUAAUAGAAUCCAAGCACGAUGACCAAGUAAAAAAAUGUCAAAAGCUGCAGGAAGAAAAGGAAAAGCUAGAAUCAAAUUACGAUGACCAAGUAAAAAAAUGUCAAAAGCUGCAGGAAGAAAAGGAAAGACUAAAAUCAAAUUACGAUGACCAAGUAAAAAAAUGUCAAAAGCUGCAGGAAGAAAAGGAAAGACUAAAAUCAAAUUACGAUGACCAAGUAAAAAAAUGUCAAAAGCUGCAGGAAGAAAAGGAAAGACUAAAAUCAAAUUACGAUGACCAAGUAAAAAAAUGUCAAAAGCUGCAGGAAGAAAAGGAAAAACUAGAAUCGAAUUACGAUGACCAAGUAAAAAAAUGUCAAAAGCUGCAGGAAGAAAAGGAAAAACUAGAAUCGAAUUACGAUGACCAAGUAAAAAAAUGGCAAAAGCUGCAGGAAGAAAAGGAAAGACUAAAAUCGAAUUACGAUGACCAAGUAAAAAAAUGUCAAAAGCUGCAGGAAGAAAAGGAAAAACUAGAAUCGAAUUACGAUGACCAAGUAAAAAAAUGUCAAAAGCUGCAGGAAGAAAAGGAAAAACUAGAAUCGAAUUACGAUGACCAAGUAAAAAAAUGUCAAAAGCUGCAGGAAGAAAAGGAAAGACUAGAAUCAAAUUACGAUGACCAAGUAAAAAAAUGUCAAAAGCUGCAGGAAGAAAAGGAAAAACUAGAAUCGAAUUACGAUGACCAAGUAAAAAAAUGUCAAAAGCUGCAGGAAGAAAAGGAAAAGCUAGAAUCAAAUUACGAUGACCAAGUAAAAAAAUGUCAAAAGCUGCAGGAAGAAAAGGAAAGACUAAAAUCAAAUUACGAUGACCAAGUAAAAAAAUGUCAAAAGCUGCAAGAAGAAAAGGAAAAACUAGAAUCGAAUUACGAUGACCAAGUAAAAAAAUGUCAAAAGCUGCAGGAAGAAAAGGAAAAGCUAGAAUCGAAUUACGAUGACCAACUGCAGGAAGAAAAGGAAAAGCUAGAAUCAAAUUACGAUGACCAAGUAAAAAAAUGUCAAAAGCUGCAGGAAGAAAAGGAAAGACUAAAAUCAAAUUACGAUGACCAAGUAAAAAAAUGUCAAAAGCUGCAGGAAGAAAAGGAAAAACUAGAAUCGAAUUACGAUGACCAAGUAAAAAAAUGUCAAAAGCUGCAGGAAGAAAAGGAAAAGCUAGAAUCAAAUUACGAUGACCAAGUAAAAAAAUGUCAAAAGCUGCAGGAAGAAAAGGAAAAGCUAGAAUCAAAUUACGAUGACCAAGUAAAAAAAUGUCAAAAGCUGCAGGGAGAAAAGGAAAAGCUAGAAUCGGCACACUUUGGUGAGAUGGAGAGAAUGAAAAAUGAGAUGAAUGAUUUGAAGUUUAAAUUAGGGAAGAAAACCCACCGUUUGAACCUUGCGAACAAAGUUGCACACAGACCCGGGCCACACGUUAUUUGCAGCAAUCGGCACGACCGCGCGGAAAUAGCCUUCGUGGCACAACUUGGGCACGUCCUGGAUUCGGCCACAGUCGCCGGCGGUGUUCAACGCCUCGUACGUGGCAACCUGUCUGAGAUCGUCGCGAGAACAGACCUCGAUAUUUCCAUAGUCCACGAACCGGACGGUGUAGUCACCGGUCAGGUGGUCUGCGCUCAAAACCGUUGCGCGAUACCACGAGUCGUCUGCGUGGUAUUUGGCCAAUACCGUUUGACCGUCGGCCCACGUGUAAUCUAUCGGUUCGGGCACGGUCUCGGCCAACAGUCGGUCCAAGUCGGCCGACAACUUGAACAAAAUUCGCGGGGCGUCGCUGUGCGCGUCGUAAAGGUAUAUCACACACCGGUUGUCCACGUGCGUGACGCGUGCUUCGAUUAA